AUGACUUCACCGAAAAAAACCACUGGCUCGCAGCAGCAACCAACAUCAACGGGAACCGGAAACACGUCAGUGCCGACGGUUGCGAUUGGAAUCGAUUUUGGCACCAGUUACUCCAGUGUAGGUAUUUACCGAAAUGGCAAGUUUGAAAUCAUCGCCAACGAAUGCGGCAAUCAUCGCAUUCCAUCGGUGGUUGCGUUUACUGAAAAGGGUCGCUUAGUGGGUGAGGAUGCUCUUGCGCAGGCUGAUAUUGAUCCGGCCAACUGCGUGAUUGAAGUGAAGAGGAUUCUGGGUCGCCACAAAAAGGAGGGUGGCUUGCAGGUGCAGUUUAAAGGCGAGACCAAGUGUUACCAUCCGGAGGAAAUCUGUGGCAUUAUACUGGCACACUUGCGCUCGACGGCAGAGAGACAGCUUGGCGGUCCUGUUACAUGUGCCGUCAUCGCCGUACCUGCUCAGUUCUCCGACGGGCAAAGGCAAGCCGUACUGGAUGCGGCCACCAUUGCCGGCUUGACCGUACUUCGAUUAAUUAACGAACCCACCGCUGCGGCUAUUUCAAUCGGAAUAAACAAAAAACUUAUCGGCGAACAGUACGUGCUGGUGUGUUCGUUUGGUGGCGGAUUCCUGGACGUAUCGAUCGUGACCAUCUAUAACGGGGUGUUUCAGGUUAAAGCCAGUUCCGGCGAUACCAGACUCGGUGGUGCAGAUAUCGACAAUCGGUUAGUGGACUAUUUCAUGAAAGAACUGCAGGACAAACAGGCGCAAGACAUCGCACGUGAUCGCGUGGCCAUACGGAAGCUUCGGAAGGCUUGUGAACAGGCAAAACGCACACUCUCUUACACGAGUCAGGUGACGGUGGAAAUCGAUGAUCUGCUCGACGGUUACAAACUCUGCACGACGCUAACGAAAGACAACGUAGACGAGCUGUGUAAGGAUUUGUUCGAACGUGUUAUCCUGCAUGUGGAAACUGCCCUACGGCGUGCCCGGAAGGACCGAUUUGCGAUACACGAAAUUAUGCUAGUGGGCGAAUCUUCGCGCAUCCCUCGGGUGCAAAUAAUGCUGAGUGAAUUCUUUGAUCGUCGAUCGCUCAGCAGUUCGGUCAAUUCGGACGAAGCGGUCGUUGUUGGGACGGCCAUUGCCGCCGGCAUACUAAGUGGAGAUAAAUCAUGCGCGAUUCAGGAUCUUCUCUGGUGGGAUUUAGUGCCGCGUUCGAUCGGGAUGAUCGGUGAAGAGAUCGAGGAUGCGGAAGGAGCAGCAGAGUCACCCCGCAUACUGAUCAGUCGUAAUUCGACACUUCCGCUUAAAGUACGCCACCGGGUGAAAAACUUUCGUGAGACCCAUCGACUGUACGAAGGAGAAAGUGCCAUUGUUAGUGAUAAUAUUACGCUGGGACGGUUGCAGCUCGAGGGAAGCUUUGGCGAAGGGCUCGAAGACGUUGGUCUUUCGUUUAAUGUGGAUCUUAAUGGUGUGCUGCACGUAAUGGUGGAAGGAAACAUUGAACUGAAGGCCACCUUGGACAAGGGACGGCUCGAACGGUACGAGAUUGAUCGUAUCGUGUAUGAACACAAACGCCUAAUACUAGAAAUGGAACAUGGUCAGGAAGAAGAGGAGCUGCGCAAACGAAAGGAAAUAUCUGAGAGUGUGAUUGACCGGCAGGAACAAGUGGAAUCGGAUGGGCAGACGAUAGGCACUUGGGACCGAUUUAGUGAAUGGUUGCACUGUAUCUGUGUUGUUACGUUCGAUCUUGAACUGGGUCAGGCGAUGGAGCUUAUCUAUCCAAAGCACGUUACGUUAACCGAGCAGGAAAAGAUGAACAUUUGCUACCUGGCAUUCCCAGAUUCGAACUCUGGCUGUAUGGGUGAUUCCCAGUUUCACAUUCGUUUGCGUGUCUCAUCAGGCUCGGAAAACUCAACGCUCCCCAAAGGUUUGCAGGAGUUUAAUUGCCACUGUAUGCCAGUGCAUCGGGCCGAUCCGGGUCAUUUCUGGGGAUUUGUGUACUUCCGACAGAUCAAGGAUGCCACGCUCAAGCGAGGUUACUUCCAGAAGAGUUUAGUUUUGCUAACACGGCUGCCUUUCGUCAAUCUGUACUACGAACUAUGCAGUGUUAUUGCACCGUCUUACUUUAGCACUGGAGAACCUACCCUAGAAGCGGUCUGUGACAGUGUCUGCAAGUGGCCGUCCCUGCUCACCGAUGAACCUUUACAGUUACAACUGCUCGGCAGUAUAUACGAGGUUGCUAUACCGAAGCAAAAUGGUAAAUAUUGUACACUUAUAUCGCCAGUCGAUAGCCUCUACCCGGCCAACAAAUCCGGCGUCAAUGGGCGUCACAAUCAAACCCGCACCAUAUCAUCCGUGCACGAAAUCGACAUCUUCCGCAGUUUGCAAUUGUUUCUGCCUCACAUUCAUCUGCUCUGGGAGCUGGUGCUUACCGGAGAGCCGAUCAUCGUUACCGGUACCUCGCCGACCGAUUGUGCACACAUGGUGCAAUCCCUUACUAGCCUUAUCAGUCCGCUGGCGUACUGCGCCGAAAGCCGUCCUUACUUUACCAUCCACGAUACUGAGUUCAAAGAGUUCACGCAGAACAAGAACGGCCAUCCGGCGAUUAUACUGGGUGUGACAAAUCCGUUCUUUGCUAAAACACUUCAACAUUGGCCGCAUACGAUACGCCUACAGGAUAGUGCGGAAGCGCAGAUACAACGGCAACGAACAUCAACACCUUCGAGUGGUGCAUCAGUUACGACCCAUACCACCAGCACUGCAGGCCUGUCUUCCGAUGGGUCGGCAACACUGUCGCGACUCUCGAAAAUCAAACAAAUCACUCACAAGCUGCUAGAUACUUCGCCCGGUCUUUACACACAGUACAAACCGUUCGUGCAAAAGGACAAAGCGUUCAUCAAGAAGAUUUUACUUGGCCUUAAGACAGACCGUCCGCUUUCCGUGCAAUCUGCCCUGCUAAGACGUCAUUUGCUAGAACUAACGCAAAGCUUCAUGAUUCCAUUGGAACGAUACAUGGCCUCGCUAAUGCCACUACAGAAGGACAUUUCACCGUUUCGAUCAGCACCCCAACCAAACCCAUUCAAACAGGAAGACUUCCUGGCCACACUGGAUGACUGCGGGCCUCAGCUAACCUCUAGCUGCAAGGGCGAUUGGGAGGGUUUGUAUCGUCGGUUUUUCAGUUCGCCCAACUUUAAAGGCUGGUACGAGACGCGCUAUUUUGAGUUGGAGCAAACGCUUCAGGUACUGCACAUGCAGACACUCUCCGAAUCCAAUCUGGCCGAAUGGGCCAGGGGAAAGCUCGAGGUGGAAAUAGUCGACAUGAUCCUGCGGUUGCGUCACAAAUUGACGCUGCUACAGGGCAAUAGUAGCAGCGUUAUGACCGCGCUACCCGUGCAGCUGAACGUGCGCGAUACGCGAGAGCAACUGUUACGGCACAUGGAAAACAUGAAGAAAAGUCUUCCGGAUGAUUUAAAGCAAAUUCUCGGCGACGCGUGAUUGGGCUCUGCCGCUGCGCCUCACGUAUAGUACGUAAAAAUAAAGCUAGGCAAUAUGCAUAA